AUGCUCGAUCGGACUACCACUAACCAGUAUCAUUAUUAUCAACCUGGUAUUGGCACGUAUGUGACUUCGGCCUCACUUUCACAUAGCGGCUUCACUAGAAAGAUCAAGUCUGCGUAUGUGAAAGCGAAAGACGCUGCGGUCGGGUCAACAUUGGCUGACCAUGUCAUGGGUGGUUAUAAAUUUUUGAUGCGAUAUUACUGCCCUGGGGAUCAAAUCUACUUCUUUGGCUUCAGUCGCGGAGCAUAUGUUGCCCGCUUCCUCGCUGAAAUGCUGGACAAGAUCGGCCUUCUGGAGGCGGGCAAUGAAGAGCUGAUACGGUUUGUCUGGAAGACAUUUGCAAAGUGGCAACAAUGCAGCGGCGACACCACGGAAGACAAGGCCCAGAAGGAAAAGCUAGAGGAAUACAUGAGGGCAUUUAAAGAGACAUUCUGCCAUCCUGUCCCCAACCUUCGCUUCUUGGGCCUGUUCGACACUGUCAAUAGUGUACCCCGAUUUGAACGGGCCUGGAUGAGUCACAACCGAUUUCCUUAUACUGCCCGCACCUCAGCCAAGGUGAUCCGCCAUGCAGUGAGUAUCGAUGAACGUCGGGCCAAAUUCCGCCAGGAUCUCAUCUCAGAGGUCAAGCCGACGGGGAGGGAACACCGAUUUCGGUUGCGUGAGCACCUGGAGAAACACCAUGUGCAUCUCCCCCAUCAUACUCACCACCAGCGACAUAAUGGCCGCUUGCCGGAUUCUGCUCAGCAACCUAGUCCUGUUGCUUCUUCCGCGUCGUCCGAGAGCGAGAAAACCGACAACGUGCAGGACAUCGAAGAGGUAUGGUUUCCCGGAUGCCACACAGAUAUCGGCGGAGGAUGGCCAUUGAGACCAGGCGAAUAUGCUCUCAGCCAUGUGCCAUUGGUGUGGAUGGUUCACAAUGCACAGAAGGCAGGACUGCGAUUCGAACCAGAGAAGUUGAGACGCUUCGCCUGCUCAAGCGAGGCAACUGGAGAUCAUGCCGAACACUCACAAGGAGAAAAUACUCCAGGAACUAUGAAUAACGGUGCAGCCCAGAACGAACAAGAAGGACACGAAGGAAAAGAGAGUCCCGCGUCUGAUUUCGAGUGUUUUCUCCACAAGUCCAGCACAGAUUCACGAAUGCACGACGCUCUCCGAUUUGGCAAAGGGGUUCGCUGGACCACUGUUCUUUCCUGGAAAGUCAUGGAAUAUCUGCCCUUCCGUCGGAUGGACUUGCAGGAAGAUGGCUCUUGGAAACCCAUUCGGUGGCCUCUGCCUUGCGGAGAAGUGCGCGACAUUCCUGAUGAUGCCAAGAUCCACGUUUCAGCCAUUCGUCGUUUGAAGUCAGACCCAGAAUAUCGGCCGGGUAACCUAAUCAUGGGAGGUGGAGGAAGAGGGAAGAAAAAAGCACCAAAAGAAUGCGGAAUCGGGGAGUGGCAGAUGGCUGAAUAUCCUGGCUGUCCUAUAAAAGAAACAUAUGUGCGCAAGCCGUUAUCAAAGGAGGCGCACCAUAUGGACCAUUAA